AUGCCUCUCGAUUUAACAGAACCCCGGGUCUUGCGGUUUCCCAGAUCUGACGAAAUUGGAGCCUUUGUACUUGUUCAUGUCUCACGUACUAGCCCUGCUCCGCUGGAUCUGACUCUGACAGCUACUGAGGGGGAAUCGCCGUAUAUUAGCUUAUUGAAACAAACACGGUUGAAAGAACUCAGAGCCAAAAACUAUCAAGGAUCGAAUAAUGAAUGGAUUAAGAUCGUCUCUUUCAUCUUAGGACAAAGUUCUGCGCCUCCUGACGAAUCAGAUUGGGGCACUGUUCUUGAGGCCUCUGCCAACGUCUCGGGUUCUGAUGAAGACAACAAAGAACUCGUGAUAACGAUACGGAAACGAGUACAAACUAUUACACAACGCCUCGGUACUUUGAUCCUCAAACAAAAUGAUGAACAAGCUGUCGAGCUCUUCGAAUGGACAGGACUUACUGCGGUCAGAGCUCAUAGGCUAGAAGAACAGGUAUCUAGACUGACAAGUCGCCAUCAAAUCGCCGAGGAGACUAUACAUAGGUUGAAUGAACAACUCGAAGAGCUCAUGCGUGCGAAAGCGCAGCAUGAAAAUCGGCUGAUGGCGAAUUUUGUGCAAGUCCUGAAUGAGAAAAAGCUCAAGAUCCGCAAUCAACAACGUCUUCUGACAUCAGCGACUGUGGAUGCCACCAAGGUCUCUGAGAUUCAAGCUAGCAUUCCCAAGGAGUCGUAUGGACUUGCUGAGAAAUCCUCUUCAAUACAGAAAAGCGCGCGCAAGCUGAGCGACACAGAAGAUUCUAAUGGGUUCGAGGAUAUUGAUCUAAUACAAGCUGGUCAAGAUGCUAUCAACGACCAGGCCACUGGUGAUGAAGAGCGUUCGACCCCUCAUUUUUUGGGCGAUGAACAAGACAAUAGCACGACAGAUGAUGACCUGUUACAGGAUGACUCUGCUCGGUUAGGACGAUCCUCCACAGCAAGAGACACCGGUCCGCCUCGAAGAAAUUUGCCGUUUGUUAGACGAACCAGUCGGGCUAUCCAGAAGACAGCGCCGGUCAUGGACGAGGAAGAUGCUGAAGAGACUGCGGGAGAGACGGAUGACGAUGAGCUUUAA